AUGCCGGAAUUCAUUAGCGUCACCUUCCCAAACGCAUCCACUGAGCUCACGCCAAUCCCUAACGCGGCGAUUGAUCCCGAGUAUCUCGUGCGCUAUGCCCGCUCUCUAGAUGACUUUGGAUACAACUACACACUGGUUCCAUAUGAUUCAUCCUCAUUUGACCCGUUCACCAUCGGAGCGACAAUUCUAUCAGUGACCAAGAACAUCAAAGUCAUCAUCGCUCUUCGCCCAAACACUCUAUAUCCCACAGUAGCUGCCAAGGCCCUCUCAACGCUCGACCAGCUAAGCCGCGGUCGUGUUGUCGUCCACUUUAUCGCCGGCGGCAGCGACGCAGAGCAAGCCAAGGAAGGAGACUUCCUAACAAAGGACCAGCGCUACGGGCGUCUCGAAGAAUACAUCAAGAUUCUACGCCGUGCCUGGGACUCCAGUGAGCCCUUCGACUGGGAGGGCGAGUACUACCAAUUCAAGCAAUUCAGCAACCGCGUCCGGCCGACCAACGGCACCAUCCCGGUUUCCGUCGGAGGCUCCUCCGAUGAGGCCUACCGCAUUGGAGGAUCGCUCGCGGAUAUUUUCGGUCUCUGGGGCGAACCCCUCAAGGAGACGAAAGAGCAGAUCGAUCGCAUCUACGCGGAAGCCGCGAAGGCCGGUCGCGCGGAAUCCGAUAGACCGCGUAUCUGGGUUACUUUCCGCCCUAUUCUUGCGGAGACCGAUGAGCUGGCUUGGGCGAAAGCUCAUCAGACGCUCGAUGCAUUGACUGCUAAUCGGGCAAACGGCCAAGGGAAGGUCCCGGCUAAUGCGCCGCCGCCUCAGAAUAUUGGAUCACAGCGUCUGCUGGAUAUUGCGGCUCGUGGGGAGAUUCAGGAUCGUGCACUCUGGUAUCCUACUGUCACUGCGACGAAUGCGCGGGGCGCGUCGACUGCUUUGGUUGGAUCACCUAAGACAAUCACUGACUCUCUGAUUGAUUAUGUUGAUCUUGGUGCGGAUUUGAUCUCUGUUCGUGGUUAUGAUAACCUUCACGAUGCUAUUGAUUAUGGACGCUUUGUGCUUCCUCGGGUUCGUCAGGUCCUGGAGGAGCGUGAAAAUGGAGCUUCCGCUUGA